CAAUUUUGAAUCCAUAUCCUCCACUUAAAUGUCCAAACUUGACCGGGUAUUUGUGUCCUUGUUGGCAUUUGACCCUUUUUUAGAUAUUUCAAUAGCUUCUUGAUGAGAUUUUACACUAUUGAGAAGAUUUUUGUGUUAGUGAUGUCACUCCAUUGCGUCCUUUUCUUUCACUGAUUGGAUAAGAAUUCAAAUAUCUGAAUUAAGGUAGUUCUCUCUUUCACGCAUCAUCAUCUUUCUUCUUCUACACUUUUUGGGAUAAGUGUCUUCCAUCAUUGUCUUUCCGCCACAAGACAUAAGUAAGGAACAAAAAGAGGACUAGCAAAAAAGAAAAAAGAUAAGGCAACGGUUAAGCUUUCAAUUGGACAACCAUAGUGCAACAAUCAUUGUGCAUUAUUAGUACCAAAGAAGUUGAUAUCCAUUAUAUGAAUAUUUUUCAAAUUCAUCGUACAUCAAUGUUAAUUCUUCGAAAAAGCGUGGGCCGACUCGGAGACCUGAGACCUUGGCUUAGUAAUGAAUGAAGGGAAGCUCUUCGAGCUUUCUACACCAACGGCUUAUGUAGUGAUCGGCCUUGGGGAAUGUUUUGGGAGACGACCUCCCGCCGCGAUAGUAGGAGCUUUCCCUUUCCUUGAUGUUACACAAGAUGCGCAAUGGAAUAGUACGAGUUACAUCAACACUGAAAAUAGAAGUGAGACAGAGGAAUUACUGUUAUCCACCUUGGUUACGAAAUAAAUCCCACCUAGUGGUCCCAUGGAGUAGACGGAGCAUCAGAACCAGACACGUUAACACAUGUUGCAUGCAUAUAAGAUAUCCCAGUAUUGAAAACGAAAGCAACAAGGCAUAAAUGAAACCGGAACUUGGUAAUUUGGAAAUUCAAAGCUUACACAUUAAUCAUUUUACUGUUUAAAACGACUCAAUGCAUAACAAUUAAAUUCUUCCAAUUCCUGAACAGUAGAAUUAUAAAAUGAUAGCGUUUCCUCAACCGGAUCUCCGUUGGGCGAUUCACACGGCUGUUGUUAGUCCGCCGCAGCGGCGGCUGAGACCAGUCUGCGGCGGCGGUGGUGGUAGAAGGACACCGAAGCCAUCGGUUUGUACGGCAGAUGAGCUUCAUUAUGUUCCCCUUCCCAACAAUCAAUGGAAACUCGCUCUAUGGCGCUACUUGCCUUCACCUCAGCGGAGCCGCAGGAAUCAUCCUCUGUUAUUGUUGUCUGGAGUGGGCACUAAUGCCAUUGGCUAUGAUCUUGCUCCUGGUUCAUCUUUUGCACGAUAUAUGUCUGGACAUGGAUUUGAUACUUGGAUUCUUGAAGUUCGAGGAGCAGGCUUGAGUGCAAAAAAUAGUCUAGAGGAACUAAACGAGCCUCUCCAAGGUUUACGAGAUGCAGCACAAGUUUCUGCCAUCAUUAGCCAACUAAGGGAAUUUGGUCAGAGACUUGGAAAUAUUGUUGACCAAAGUCAACAACCAAUCACUCAGUUUACUGGUUUGCAAAGCCGCUUUUCUAUUACGCUAGAAGAUUUCUGGAAACAGCUUAAUCUGAUUGGGAAGUAUAACUGGGAUUUCGAUCAUUACUUGGAAGAAGAUGUGCCUACAGCGAUGGACUACAUUAGGAACCAAAGCAAACCAAAGGAUGGAAAGUUGCUCGGCAUUGGCCAUUCCAUGGGAGGUAUCUUGCUGUAUGCAAUGCUCUCACAAGCUGGCUACAGAGGGAAGUGCACUGAGUUGGCUUCAGUCAUCACUUUGGCUUCAUCAUUGGAUUACACUACUUCACGGUCAUCUCUGAAAAUGCUUAUACCCUUAAUAUCUGCGCAAAAUAUGAUGCAUCCGGAAUUGUUUGAGAGGCUUGUCUUGAAAAACUUUUGCACUAUUCCUGCUAAACUUCUGUCACAGCUAUCAACAGCCUUUGAAAAGGGUGGACUAAGGAAUAGAAGUGGGACUUUCUUUUACAAGGACCAUCUUCACAAAAUCAAUGUGCCUGUUUUAGCUCUUGCAGGAGACAGAGACCUUAUUUGUCCUCCUGAGGCUGUGUAUGAAACUGUCAAGCUGAUUCCUGAGAACUUGGCCACGUAUAAGGUUUUUGGUGAACCUCGGGGUCCACACUAUGCCCAUUAUGAUCUAGUCGGUGGACGAAUGGCAUACUAUCAAGUAUAUCCACAUAUAAUUGAAUUCCUCAGUCGACAUGAUAUCUCUUGAUCUCCAGAGUGUAGCUCUCUGCAUCCAGUUCCAUGUGAAGGUUUAGCAGAUAACUUGACCUCUACCAGAGUGUAGGUAUCAUGUGACAGCAGGAGAAGCUGAAACCUUUAAUCCUUCAUCCGGUGCCUGGGAUCAUGAGAUGGAUGUGAAAACCAGGAGACCAUGCAAGCCAUAUUAGUAGGAGGUAUACGAUCAUUGAGUUUCAAAGAUGAGUAAUAUGAGCCAUUGUGGACCAGGGCGCACAGUAUUAGGUAGGGCUGGGC